GCAGGGCGUCGGGCCUGCUUAACGCGAUGCAAGGUCCGAGCAAAGAGGCCGCUGCGGUGACGCUCUCACAGUGCGCCGCAAUUCAUUACGCCACCAACCCCACACUUACGGCGGGCGCCUGGGCUCGCAGCGGCGGGGUCGCCUCCACCUCUGCGGCAGUGGACACGGCGGCCCAGCGAGUGGCGCCGUGGCGCAGCCCUGCUGGCCAGUCGCGCGGCAUGUUCAUUCAAACGCAGCCCACGCCCAACCCCAACAGCCUAAUGUUUGUGCCGGGGAAGCCGGUGAUGCAGUCGGGCACCAUGGAGUUUGGCUCGGCACGUGAGGGCAUGAAGUCGCCGCUAGCCAAGAAGCUGUUUGCGGUCGACGGCAUCACCUCGGUGUUCUUUGGCUCCGACUUUGUGACUAUCACAAAGAAGGACGAGUACAGCUGGCCGGUGCUCAAGCCCGACGUGUUCGCGGCGAUUAUGGAGUUCUACGCAUCAGGCGAGGCGCUGAUUAGUGAUGCGGACGCGCUGGCGGCGUCGGACACCGCCAUCCACCCAGACGACAGCGAGGUUGUGGCUAUGAUCAAGGAGCUACUGGAGACGCGCAUCCGGCCGGCGGUGCAGGAGGACGGCGGGGACAUUGUGUUCAAGGGCUUCGAGGAGGACACCGGCAUGGUGCAGGUCAAGCUGGUGGGCGCCUGCAGCACGUGCCCCUCCUCCACCGUGACGCUGAAGAACGGCAUUGAGAACAUGCUCAUGCACUACAUCCCUGAGGUCAAGGGGGUCAUGGAGGCUCCUCCGGACGAGUCCGAUGAGGAGGGCGUCAAGGCGUUUGCGGAGUUCGAGAAGAAGAUCGGGGCUGCCUCCGACGAGGAGGAGGGCGAGGCCAAGCCCGCGGCGCCGCCCAAGGAGCAGAACCCCAUGGCCGCCCACCUGUCCAACUGAGGAGUGCUGGAGCGGGGCUGGGCGUCCAUGGAGGCAACGGCGGAGCGGGAAUGCGGCGGCGGGCGUGGGUGUGGUCGAUUGCGCGCGUGGGGCAAUAGGUGCGACAAGGUUGCGCAGGGAUCGUUCGGAUGCAAGCUCCACGUAAGGUUUGGGCGUCGACGGGAGUGUGUGGCUGUAUAUAUGUACAUGGCCGAUUGGCGGGAUUGGCCGAAUGCCCCUACCCCCUACGUAUGCCGUAUGGGCUGAUCGGUUGAGGUGGUUACGUGCCCUUUCAUUCAGCGGAAUUUCAAGCAAAGUUGGAGUGCUGAAUUGAACUGGUGUAACGUGAUUUGC